GGUAAUCGAGAUACAAUUUGCCGAAAGGAUCCUCAAAUGAACCGCAUAGAUCAAGGUAAGCUCUUUCUUGUUCCAACUUCUUACCAAACUUAAUGUACGACACCGUGUGUUUAAAGUCUUUGAAUUAGGCGAAAAGUCCGAUAACUGUGGUGGAUGUGAACAUAAAUUCGAGAAAGACUGAAAAAUUUCUAAAUCCCACUCAACUCUUUUAGUGAAUCGAAUAAACAGAGUUUCCCGCGGUUUAGUUUGAGGUUAAAUCAACAGUAUGAAACGAUAAGCGGUUAUUCUCACGAACCUGUUGUUAAAAGAGUUAGCACUCCGUGAUGCUCUAACAGAGCAUCGAUUGAUUUAAAGAAAAUGAAGUCUUUUUAAACUAUGAUUGUAAAGAACAGGAAUAGGAAGUCUGUAUCCUGAGGUUCGACUUCUCAAAAGGAAGCCUGUGCGUCAUGACUAUGUAUGAACUUAAAGACAUCAUUGACAUGAAGUAACAGAUUUGCAACUCCUAAUUUAUACAAAAAAGUUGCAGAAUCUGAUCAACAUAUCAAACAAAUCACGCACGCCUUAUAUAAUGAUACUACAUGAAUUACAGACGCAAAAAACAAAUUAUCUAAAAACAUUGUAGGAACUACAGAAACUGCUAGACAUACGCCACAAAAAAAAAAAGAAAAAAAAACAAAAAAAAUCAUAGGAAUUACGUAAGAAUAACCAUAGGAAUUACGUAAGUACAACCAGGAGGCCCCACGUGUCAAAGUAGACGAUUGCGUUCAACGUGGGCUUAAAUCAAUUUUUUCCCGAAAGCGGUUAUGCCCGGAAGAGGGGCAGCUGAGGGGAUGCUCCCACAAAUUAAAUAUUUGAAAUCUAGUAAGUUCAGUACUCUGGUCAUCGCAGAGUGUUGUUUAUAAUACUUUUUUUGACACCUUUGUAAUUUGCGUAAUUCUUAAGGAAUCAAAAUACGUGUACUGCGUUUGCGGAUAUACGCAGGCGUUUCGAAAAUCAAUGGCUUGCGGGGAGACUCUCCUUUAAACACCCUACUGCCAGUUCGUAACUACUUCGUGCGGAAGCCCACGUGAACUCAAACAGAAGAGCCUGUUCGCUCGCUAAAAAGACGGCGUUAAGACGUCCUAUACGCGGUAGUAGACCGCUGGUAACGGGCUCUUAAUGAAACCUCUGUUUUAAUCGUUGUUUCCGAGAACGUGUCGGACAGUUCCAAAAAAAGUAUCGUAAAUAUGGAAACAAACAGUCAAAUUUUUAUUCAAUCCUCUCAAAUGUAAUUAUACAACCACUUAAAUUCGUUAGACCUCACGGUAAAAUGGUGCGAUUUAUGCGACAAAAAAUCAAAACGUCUUCUAACUUUGUAGUCGAAAAUAGAUUGGUUAUAGAAAGUAAGGGAAAAAAUAAGAAGAAAGGAGCAGACAAGUUUAAAAAAAGAGUUAGUCUUUACAAAACAGAUCAAUUAAUGCUAAUUAGAGAAUAUUGAGAAUUAACUUGAAAUUUUUUAUUUUGUUUCGACUAAAAUUGCAAUGUUUUCUUCACUAAUUCAUAGUUUAUAAAUCGACGGGAAAGAAAUGACUUGAAAAGUAAUGCAUGACUUUGAAGGGAUAUUAAAUGUACAGUUUCUCAGGCCCUGAGGACAUGGGUGUUGUCGUUUUUGACGCACACCUAGACGAUAACAACAAUUGACGUCUUUGAAAAUUACUCGAGCAAAACUCUCUUACAUCUGGGCUAGAUUGAGCGGUACCUUAACCUAAUCACAAGCCUAACGAACGGAUAGAAUACAAGACUCUCACCGAAAUCUACACUGUACACAUCGAUCCACCACACAGACUUUUGGAUAUUCAGGUUGGCCUCCAUCAAUACAAAUGGUAAACAAAAUGAUUUAACAGUAAAGAAGAAUACAGCUAUUGUGUUUAAAUCAUAAUUCAAGUCCUGCUCUUUUAGAGGUCGAUAAAUAUGGGGCUGGUGACGCUUUUGAGUGACGAAACACGCUCAUCGUACAAUUCAAAGCACCGUUUGGAUUUAUCUUAAUCUUAUGGUCAAACAAACCAGCUCUAAUUAUAGACAAUUUUUUGCUCAUCUUUCUCGUAAUCAGUUUUGAGUAUCGAGCUUAAAACCCGUAAGUGGAACUGAGCGAUCUAUUCAGCUACGAAUCGGCUAUUGUUCUUUUUCCUGAUCUCCUCCCUUAUCUUACGAAGACAAAUUUUGUGCACCUUGAGAGUCAAUUGUCAAUUUCAAGCUCGUAAAGCUCAAAUGACGUUAGUCCCUAAGGCGAUUCAAUGAAUUAAAACGAUCAACAAAGGAUGCAUAUUCAACGUAAACUUGGUGUCAGGCUUGAACUCAUGCGAUUCCAGGUGCAUUGGAGACAUUGAUAUUAUGCAAGCCUUUCAGAUACUUUAUCAAACCAAAGAUUGCCCAAACAGCGAAACAUUUGGUCUUGUCAUUGAAAAUCACUUUCGCCUCUUAGUCAUUCCUUGCUCCGCUCGGCUCAAACGUCAUAAGUGGCGGGUCAAGUGUUUUGUGAGACAUUUCCUGUUUGAUUUGACCAGUCUGUAUUUUAAGCAACAAAUCAUGACAACUCGCCUUCGUCAUUCCUUUAUAUUCAAAACAAUCGACCCACUUGUGCGUCAUAUCAUCAGACCUUAGAAUUCCUGUCUAAUUUCAACCUUUCUGUUCAAGGUAUAUUAACUGAAAAACCAGAAGUUUUUCAAAGGGUUAACUUAAUCUCCCAAUGUUGUAAUCACACUUCUGCAUAAACCCUCUGGAGGCGAUUUGAGGUAUGGAUGAAGCAGAUAAUUUUAGAAUACUGAUUAGACGAUUCAAUUGCACGCUUUUCAAAGACAUGUAUAUUUUCACCUACAAACUGAAGGAUAUACGAAAUUUCGACAACUGACUGCUUUUAUAAGCAAGCGUAAUUCCUGCACAGAACAAAAAUCCCUGAGGACAAAUUCAUAAAACAAAAUUUGAUUAAGAAACAAGACUGCUAAAAAGCGGUCCUUUAGGUGGUCAUUCUUGAGAAGGCCUGUAAAAGUGCCUUCUAAAUUAGUACGAGGAGCAUUCAUAAAGUUUACAGUACGGAAUUUAUCAUGUAUCAGGGAAAGCUAGAUCAGCCGAGAACCGAUUGACUGAAACGAUUCAACGGUUUAAAAAGAAUAUUAUGUGUUCAACUGGAAAGACAAGUGAUUGAGGUGUUUCCGAGAUGGAAAGUAAAAUUACUUAACCCACGCAGAUUGACGGUUGCGGUAAGGUUUUAACCAUGUUCAAAAGAUAGAGGUAGAUUUUUGUCAUAAAACAUUGAUGAAAAAUUAGGUUAGUUUUUAGUUUUUAAUUCUGAUGUAUCCCUUAAAAACCAUCUACAAAAAGAAAUAGCGAUUUAUUCUGCCUGAUCUGCCAGUGGAGCCUCCCACUGCACUGUACGUUUUUUUAACGUCAAUUUUUAAGUAAAUCUAGUGUAAUUCAUUUUAUAAAAUGUGGAUGAAAUUCAUGUCGAAAAACAUUGAAAUGAAAUUUUUGUCAGUUCUACUUUUGUUUCAUCGUUUUUAAAAUAGAAUUUAUUGUUGGAACAAAGUCCGAAGCCAAGUGAUUCAUUCAUCAUUGAUUCGUCAUUCACAAAAAUUGCAAUAAGAAAUCGUUAAGCCAGCCAAACGCCAACGAAACGAAGUAAAAAAUCCGAUAAUAAUUCUAGAGGAGAAUCAACAAUACGCAGUAUGAGUCAUUUCUCAAUCGGUGCGAAACUUUGAAUGCAUCGGUCAUUCACUUCUAAUGACAACUCAGCCAAGGUACACUGAGAAUUUCAGCAACAAUACAUUUAGUCCAAUAACCUAGUGACAGUCUUUUCUGACAGAUUAUAGUUACAAAUGAACCCGAAAAUCAGUUAACAAAUUAACAGAUGUGUCAAGUAAGAAAACUAUACUAGUACUUCUGUGUUUUAAUUUAUUGAAGAACCGGGGCUAGGUAUUUUGUCCGACUUUGAUAAUAUGGGUGAUUAUUCAAGCAGAGAAAGAAACUGUUUAAGCUGUAAUGCACAUCAAUAAGAAAAUAAAUUUUAUCGAGAGCCGUCUGACUCCAGAGCUUUAUGUUUACGAGAGAAGCUGAGGUUUUAUCGUUUACAAGAAAAAUGGCUGGCGAAGAGCGAGACAAAACUGUUUUUUGCGUCAUUUUACCGUCUCAUGCAUAUGUCGAACAAUCUCGAAAUUUUUCAGUCACGAGGACAAAUAUCUAAUAUUCUAUUUAAUGAAAAUUACGAAAUUACACAAUGUAUAAUUCGAAGAAGAAAAUUAUUGUAUCGUUGAGAACAAGUUCGUAUUCAGCCUCUCCAGUUACACUUGCACAUAUAAUUUCGAAGACUUUCUGUCUGCAACUAAUUUUAGUCCCCCUAUCAAUAUUAUUACAUGUUGCAUAAGUACUUAAAGAUACAGGUAAAUCGAGCUUAAUAAAGCAUUGUUUGCAUGAGUACAAGAUUUUUUUUCCAGAAGUACUCGCUAUACGGUCAGCCAGAGAUUUCUGGUGCAACAUACAUGAUACAAUGUUUUAUCAUUCACGCUGCCUCUAGUAUUGCUGUAAGCGACUAAUUCUAUCUGUUUAUGAUACAAAUUAAUUCCUACCUGUUCAGAGAAAAACCCGUUUUCUUUUCGAUAUCACGCUUAUUGUUGAAAGUAACAUCAAAUGAACAAAUUAAGAGCCAUACAAAUGCAGCAUUUAAAUGAACAUAAUCACACCUAGCGUUACCUAGACUCGAGCAUUUCUCAUGGCGCUUUCCUGAGUUUUGAAAAUUCAUAUUGGGAAAGUUGAGACAAUUUCAACAUCUAUCUCGGUGUAUCUCUUUACCCUUUGGAAUAACUUCUCUCAAACACAUACCCCUAAUUUUUAACUGCUUUCAUGCACAAAGCCACCAGUUAAAGGUCGGUUAACAAGAUGGAGAGCAAACGAAAUGAUCUGGGACAGGAACAUUGGUCCAGCCGCGUCUCAUUUAGGCGCCAAAGUCUGAAUGAUCCCCAUUCAGCCAAUUAAAUUUUAUCAUUUGUGGAAGCAGUUCAGAUGCCGGGAUUAUUACAAUUUGCAAGGGUGGGGUGGGAUUGAGUAAGACAUUAUAAGUGGUUAGUUUUGAUCGGUGGGUAGUUAAAUGUAAAGCUCGUUUUAAACCUUAAAUAUCUAUUGGUGUAAGAUAUGUUUUUAUGGAAUAUUUCCUCACCACCUUCUCUCACUUAGUUUACAGCCACAUUUGCGUUCCUUUGAUCUUAACCUGGUCAGUUCUUAGUUGUCCCUGUGGGUUACUUUGUCUAAUACUGCUGUAUUAUUGAUUCCUUCCAGAGAAGUCUAUGAAAACAAUCACCUAUGGCUAACGUGGAGCCUCGGGGCGUCAAGACUGGAGAAAGAGCAGUUGCUGUCGAGCCCAUCCCAGACUGGGGCCCUGCUCUGCGAACCUGGAAAUGGGCCUGGGACUUGCAUUGGAUUGGGUUUGGUUCCCUUUUCACUCUGUUCGCUGUAUACUCUUUUAUCACGUUCAUUGAAACUAUCAAUAUUAAAAGGCGAACAAAACGAGGGAAACUGUCGCUUGUCAUCACAAGUCUCCUGGUCAUCUUCGGCUUAGUGCGUGGAUUAUUUUUGUUUAUCAAUCCAUACGAGACUAAACAAUGCAACUUACUUCCGAAGUGCCCGAUAAUAGUGAGUCGGAUUUUGUUCGGAAUCGCGCUGCCGUGCAUUACGGCGUCGUUUUCACUGGUUCAUUACGCUUUCCUUCAAGUGAUCAAGCUUAAGCUUUACCCAGAAAGACUUCAGAGUGGAAAAUUCCUCACUGGCGUCAUUGUGUUCCAUUUCAGCCUCUCUAUCUUCGCUGAGACAAUGGUUUCUCUUUUCGCAGACUGGAAAACUCUCGGCAUACUUUGCCAAUCAUUCUACAUCGUGUUCUACUUCUGUCUGUCCAUUAGCUUCAUAUACAGUGGUGGGAAGAUUGUCAAGUCCGUUCAAAAGAACCAUGCCCACGUGAUCCGUCUUGGUGUAACAAGCGUACGCACAGGCGCCGAUGGGAAGGUAGAAGCCUAUCGGCCAAACGUAUCAAAACUCGUCAAGAUCACUUACAUCACGGUUUUCUUGGGAUUUGCCAGCUGUGCACUACAGCUCUACUCGAUCAUAGGCGUCAACAACAUGUACUUGGACAGAGAUAAGCCCCCAAAGCCCUGGCCUUGGUUGAUAUUUCAAACGUUAUAUCGCGCAGUGGAAUUCGCCGCAGCUUGUACUUUGGCUUAUGUGGGCCCGAGACAAGUCGGCCCUAAACGUUUUCAGUUCAUACGCUGUCCUUUUUCCACCUGCUAUAAAGAGAAUCAGAAGGCGCCAACUGGCUCCAACGAUAGCAAUGAAAGGUUUUCAACUCAUCUUGUGAGCGGAGAUGGCUCUUUACCGAGGAAGUUACAAACUGUAUAAAAUUUUAUGAUGGGCGUCAAAGUAAUCGGGAUUUGCAGGCCACACUGCGGCUUUUACGUUUUACUUUUACCUGUGGUAGCACUGGAUCCCAUGUGAUAUUUUGCUCUGAUCAAAUUUUUGUGAUUUCAAUAGGGAAUGCUCCCUCAAAAUAGAAUUGUAAAUAAAACUGUGGCGGAAAAGAGACAAAAUACUUGAAAGGGUCACAUUGACAGAUAACAUACGAGAAUAUACAUUUAGAUUGAUGAGAGAUAAAAAUAUUUGAAGAGAAUUUUAUAACUAUUAGAACAUGACAAUGAAAAAAUUUAGUCUAUAGUUAAAUUAGAUUGACACAGUCUGGAGUAACC